AUGAGUUUCACGCUCCCCAAAAGCGAAUCGACGACCUCCUUACUGAGAUCCUCCGCACCGGCCAGGAGCGCGGCUCAGCCGCCUGAUCAUCCCGGAGCCCGGCGGACACACCAUCAGCGCUCCGCGGCGGCGGCAUCUGGAGCGGAGACGGCGGAUUGCGAUGCGAGCUCUCGGAGACCCCUUUGUCACCCCUCACUGGUCGGUACCCGGAAUAGCGCAGAGAGGAGCCACCCACAACACUCCCACUCCCAUGGACACGCUCUUUCCACGGCUCACAGUCAGGAGGACCUGUCGGAGCUUCCCGGUGGAAAAGAGCGCAAGACUACCAGGCGACACCAUCAUCAUCACCACCAUCACCACAACCGUCAUCAUCACCAUCACCGCCACCGGUCCACCCGGGACGACCUGCCACAGGAGCCCCGACCCAAGCACUCUCACGCCGCUCGCAUGCCCACCAGAACUCAGUCUUUCUCCGAGUCCAGGGACGAAACGGCUCUCUUUUUUGAAUCACCUCAACUGGCUCGACCCGGGUCUUCUUCAUCGAGCAGAGAGGCGUGUCCAGCCUCCACCGCCUCAUCCUCGCCGGUGCCCGCAUCCUCCAGCCGCUCCUCCCGCAGAUCGAGGAGGUCCAGCGCAGCAUCUUCUGAAGCAGACUUCAAUCUGCGGCCGUUCCUCAGCUCGGUGUUUGGACAGAAUCGAGAAUUGAGACCAGAGGAGAUUGAUGAGUUACGAGAAGCGUUUAAGGAGUUUGAUAAAGAUAAAGAUGGCUUUAUCAGCUGUAAAGACCUGGGGAACUGCAUGAGAACUAUGGGCUACAUGCCCACCGAGAUGGAACUAAUAGAACUGAGCCAACAAAUCAACAUGAACUUAGGUGGCCACGUGGAUUUCGAGGACUUUGUAGGGUUGAUGGGACCUAAGCUCCUAGCAGAGACAGCAGACAUGAUUGGGAUAAAAGAGCUGAGAAAUGCCUUCAAAGAGUUUGACACAAAUGGAGAUGGUGAGAUAAGCACAGGAGAGCUAAGGGAGGCUAUGAGGAAGCUGUUGGGACAACAGGUUGGUCAUCGAGACCUAGAGGACAUACUGAGAGACAUUGACUUGAAUGGAGACGGCCGAGUAGACUUUGAAGAGUUUGUGCGAAUGGUGUCCCGCUGAGAGGGCAGCGUUCAUAUGGUGUCUGCAACAGAAGAAAGUGAGAUGCUGUACUGCUUCCUGCUGGUCAAAGCAGACAGACUAUUAGACUACUGCAAGAGAAGCCUUGCUGAGCCAGUGCAUGGUAUAAAAACUGAAAACUGGACUUUUU